AUGCAACUUACUUCUUUUACACUCUUCGGCUUGGCUGUAGUCAGCUUGGCUUCACCUGCAGAGAAGCGAGCAGGUUCGGCCUCUGCAUUCAGCUCCAAUUCUGCUAAAAACUAUAAGUUGUCAUCAAUUCCCGCACCGAUUCAAGGCGGCGGAAAUCCAGGCUCUGAGUCGACUUGGAAGUUGACUGUCGAUGAUACCAGCUCCGGUCACAAGCAAACCAUCGUCGGAUUCGGAGCUGCGGUCACUGAUGCCACCGUCACUUCUUUCAACUCCCUGUCCAGCUCGAGUCUUCAAACUCUGCUGGAUACCCUCAUGACCAGCUCAGGUGCCGAUUUCUCUUUGAUGCGCCACACGAUCGGAGCGUCAGACUUGUCUGCUGAUCCAGCUUACACUUAUGAUGAUAACAGUGGCUCCCCUGACACAUCGCUUUCCGGUUUUGCUCUUGGCGAUCGUGGGAGCGCAAUGGCCAAGCUUUUGGCCUCAAUGAAACCAUUGCAAUCUAAUCUCAAGAUAUUUGGCUCGCCCUGGAGCGCUCCUGGCUGGAUGAAGAUGAAUGGGGUAAUUGAUGGAACCACAACCAAUAAUAACUUGAAUGAUGGUUAUCUAAGCGGUGGCACCGGCACUUCAGGCUAUGCGAGCGCAUUUGGUCAGUAUUUUGUCAAGUACAUACAGGCCUUCAAGAGUCUAGGUGCCCCCAUCGACGCGAUUACGAUUCAAAAUGAGCCAUUAAACAGUCAGUCAGGCUACCCUACAAUGUAUGUGUACGCCGAUGAAUCUGCGCAGCUGAUUCAAAACUAUAUUGGCCCUGCUAUAUCGAAGGCCGGCCUCGACACGGAUAUUUGGGCGUAUGAUCACAAUACUGAUGUACCCAGCUAUCCUCAAACCGUCAUCGACGGCGCAAGUGAAUACGUUGACUCGGUUGCUUGGCACUGUUACGCCAGCAAUGUGGACUGGACAGUUCUCACCUCUUUCCACAACAGCAAUCCAUCCGUGAAGCAAUACAUGACCGAGUGCUGGACUCCCUCGGGAACGUGGAAUCAAGCAGCUGAUUUCACCAUGGGGCCUCUUCAGAAUUGGGCCGUCGGUGUGACGGCAUGGACCCUUGGUACAGACUCUAGCGAUGGCCCCCAUCUCUCCAGUGGUGGGUGCGCUACCUGCCAAGGCCUAGUCACCAUCAGCAAUGGUGCAGUGAUCUACCAACCGGCUUACUAUAUGAUGGCCCAGUUCAGUAAAUUUAUGCCCCCUGGGGCUAUUGUGCUGAGCAGUACUGGUAGCUACACUUACUCAAAUGGCGGAGGGAUCCAGUCGGUGGCAUCGUUAAACCCAGAUGGCACUCGUUCUAUUGUGAUUGAAAACACUUUCAGCAACGACGUCUAUUUGACUGUCACAACCGAGAGCGGACAGGAGUGGAGUGGUAACAUUCCCAGUGAAUCGGUCACUACUUGGGUGCUCCCGGCAUCCAGCUAG